GGCAGGACCGGAGGCUGGAGUGCCGCCUCCUCUGCAACGCCGGGCCCGGAGUCUUAGAACCCAGGGCCCGCAAGGGUCCUCGCGCGGCUACCGCGAUGCAGAAAUACGAGAAACUGGAGAAGAUUGGGGAAGGCACCUAUGGAACAGUGUUCAAGGCCAAAAACCGGGAGACUCAUGAGAUCGUGGCUCUGAAACGGGUGAGGCUGGAUGAUGAUGAUGAGGGAGUGCCGAGUUCUGCCCUUCGGGAAAUCUGCCUCCUCAAGGAGCUGAAGCACAAAAACAUUGUCAGGCUCCACGACGUCCUCCACAGCGACAAGAAGCUGACUUUGGUUUUUGAGUUCUGUGACCAGGACCUUAAGAAGUAUUUCGACAGCUGCAAUGGUGACCUAGAUCCUGAAAUUGUGAAGUCGUUCCUCUUCCAGCUGCUGAAAGGCCUGGGAUUCUGUCACAGCAGAAACGUGCUACACAGGGACCUGAAGCCUCAGAACCUGCUCAUAAACAGGAAUGGGGAGCUGAAAUUGGCUGAUUUCGGUUUGGCUCGUGCCUUUGGGAUCCCUGUUCGCUGUUACUCAGCUGAGGUGGUCACGCUGUGGUACCGCCCGCCGGAUGUCCUCUUUGGGGCCAAGCUGUACUCCACGUCCAUUGACAUGUGGUCGGCGGGCUGCAUCUUCGCAGAGCUGGCCAACGCGGGGCGGCCCCUGUUUCCCGGCAACGACGUAGAUGACCAGCUGAAGAGGAUCUUCCGGCUGCUGGGGACACCGACCGAGGAGCAGUGGCCCGCCAUGACCAAGCUGCCAGACUAUAAGCCCUACCCGAUGUACCCAGCCACAACGUCCCUGGUGAACGUCGUGCCCAAGCUCAAUGCCACAGGGAGGGACCUGCUGCAGAACCUCCUGAAGUGUAACCCCGUCCAGCGCAUCUCGGCAGAGGAGGCCCUGCAGCACCCCUACUUCUCCGACUUCUGCCCCCCUUAGGCUCCAGGCCCCCGGCGGCCAGGCUGGGGCCUGGCCUAUUUAAGCCCCCUCUGGGGAGGGGAGGAAAGGCAGGAUGCACGGUGUGCCAAGCUCCAGCUGUGCUGGGCCCAGCCAGGGUGGAGGUGCCCUAACCCGUGUUCUUCACUCCCUCCGUGGACUUUAUUUAAUUUCAUAAAUUGGCUCCUUUCCCACA